GAAACUCUUCUGGUCGUAGUGUUAUUUAUAAAUAUGAAUUAGACUAAGAAAUUCACUGAAAUUCUCUUAGCUUCGACGGAAAUAUGUCUCAAAAAGGAAUUUCGUCAUGUUUAACAUGUCUGGGUGUUCCAGAAGACGCACUCGUAGUGCUUAGUUGCAGUUUCAGUGAGUAUACCGCGGCUGAAUUAUUGACAAAGUAUUUCUGGUUCAAAUUCGAUGACUUGCGGGACGAUCACAUUCUAUGCCGUACCUGUUGGAACAAUAUAAGUAACUUUCACCAGUUUUAUCUGGAGGUAGCGCAUAAUCACAGAAAAGCGGAAAAGUUGGCCGCGGAAGAAAAUAUUGAAGUUAUACGCAAACAACUGCAAUCAAACACUUUUGUUGAUAAUGAAGCGAUCGACAAUUCAUCUCAAACGCUUCAAGUCAUAACGGCCAUCGAGGACAUCAGCAUACGGACAGAAACGGAAUCGGACUGUUAUUUCGAAAAAUCCAGUGUCACGAAAUCAAAACGAAAAUACGUGCCACGGAAAGGGAAUGUGAAAAAGGAACGGAAGCCAAUAAGUUAUCAAGUCAAAACGACCCAACAGCUGGCCGAAGAAGAUAAGAUAAUCCGUACUCACGUUCAGUACACCUGUGAGGAAUGCGUUGCUAUUAGUCCCACUUUUACCAGUUUUCAGAAACACGUUAAAGACACCCAUGGAACGAAAGCUUUCAUUGUCUGUUGUGGUCGACGGUACUACAAAAAGGUAAAUUUACUAGAACAUGUACUACAGCUGGACAAUCCCGAUUUGUUUAAGUGCGAUAUUUGCUUUAAAAGUUUCAUCAACAAUCAUGGAGUACGCCGACACAAGCAGCAAAUGCAUCUUCCAGAUGAUAUCAAGAUCUAUAGCUGCAAUCGCUGCCCCAAGCGAUUCGCCAAACAAAAUCAUCUAUCGGUUCAUCUGAAAGGGCAUGAGAAUCUUGAUAAUGAAACUGCUAAAUGUUCCGAGUGCGAUAAGCCAUUUCCGUCGGAGGCACUGUUAAAAACGCACGUAAAAAUUCGCCACACACGCCCUACCGACUACAUCUGUGACGUGUGUGCCAAAGGGUUCUACUCUAAAACGGAAUUCCUUCGUCAUAAGAAAGAGCACGAACUUAGCCCGGCUGCUCUGCGGGUACAGUGCGAUAUCUGCCGAUUGUGGUUCCGCAGUCGAAUUCAUCUGAACGAUCACAAACGACGUCACAAGCAACCGCCGGUUACUUGCGAUCUAUGCGGACAUACAUCACCGAACAAAAAGGCUCUGGCUAGCCACAAACGGCUACGGCACGGUGAGUCAAGUCUGAUUUGCCAGGAAUGUGGUAAAACAUUCAAACGCCCAAUCACCCUGCGGGAACACAUGGCUUCGCACACCGGUGACGCGUUGUAUUCAUGCAGUUUUUGCGACCGGACGUUUAAUUCCAGUGCGAACAUGUUCUCCCACCGAAAGAAGAUGCAUCCCCGUGAGUGGCUUCAGCUACGCAAUGCUCAGCUAGCGGAACGGCGCGGUUUGGUGAACAGUGAUCGGACUUGCGAUUGGAAGCUCGGAAAGUGGAACUGCCGAUCUCUCAACUUCAUCGGGAGCACCCGCAUACUCGCUGAUUUACUGAAGGACCGCGGGUUCGGCAUCGUAGCGCUGCAGGAGGUGUGUUGGACAGGACCUAUGGUGCAAACGUUUAGAGGUGAUCAUACCAUCUACCAGAGCUGCGGCAAUACACGCGAGCUUGGAACAGCUUUCGUCGUGAUGGGUGAUAUGCGGAAGCGCGUGAUCGCACCAUUGCAGACUGAAUCGCAAAUCGACCACGUUCUGAUUGAUGGAAGGCACUUCUCCGAUAUUAUCGAAGUCAGGACCUAUCGUGGCGCUAACGUCGACUCUGAUCACUAUCUAAUGAUGGUGAAACUGCGCCUCUCCGUCAUCAACAAUGCACGGUACCAACUACCGCCACGGUACAACAUAGAGCGAUUGAAGCAACCGGAUGUCGCAUCAGCAUACGCGCAGAAUCUCGAGGCAGCGUUGCCAGACGAGGAGUGCAGAGUGAUUUUGAAGGAGAAGAACGCAGCGCGGGCGGUAAUGCUGCAGCAUGGAACCCGGCAGAACGUGGAACGAUACAAACAGAGGCGGAAAGAGCAGACCCGCAUCUUUUUGGGAGAAAAAACGCCACCUGGAAGCAGCGGAGUGCGAGGAAAUGGAACUGCUGUACCGCUCUCAAGAAACACGGCACUCUACGGCGAACCCAACAUCCAGAAGGUGGCCAAAGCCGAAAAGAUGUGUAGUGCUGUUUCGCGGAUAAUAAUGGACACAGUGAGGCCUUGUCUAACCUGCUUCCGGAAAACGGACAACUAUAUGCGAAUAACCGAUGAAACGAAUGCAGACGAUGUAGAACGAAUCGUAACCACCCACUUUUGGUUCUCGGAAAACGAGUGUUUCGAUAGCGUACUCUGCACCAGUUGCUGGGAGAAGAUCGAUGAUUUCCACAAGUUUUACAGCGAGGUCAAGCGAGCACACCUAGAGCUGACUGAUGCGGUUGAAAUGCAGAUUAAAGUAGAACCAUUCGAAAACACAUUGGGAUCUGUCAAGCGGGAAGGUGUUCAGGAUGAGAAAAACAUUACGGUUAUAAAUGUAGACACUUUGGACACGACGGACGUGCUGCAAGAACCGGAGAGUAGCUCGGAGGUAAAAGAUGAAUUAAAAAUAGAAGAUCCAACAGAUAGCAAUGUGAAAAAGACAAGGAGGAACAAAAAAAGGAGGGUUAAUUUGUCAGAAUCGGAGCCCGAAUCAGUUUCUAAAUCUGAAACAGUAGUAGUGGAUCAAGGAAAGGACGUUUCGGCAACCGAUGAUAGCGAUUGGGAACCGCCUCAUAACGAUGAUUCUGCUGAUGAACGACCGAAAAAGAAACAGAGACGACCAAGGACCGUAAAGAAACAGCCGAAAAAGAAAUAUACUCCCAGGAAACCCCGCAAGCCUUGUGAAGAACGGUCGCUGAACGCUAAAACGAAGGAAGACAUUGCAAAAGAGGAUGAGUUCAUUCGCCGGUACUGUCCGAUAUUCUGUGACAAAUGUGAUUUCAACUCAGACACGUUCGGAGAAUUGAAGGCCCAUACGACGACGAUCCACAACAGUAAUCCGAUGGUGGUAUGUUGCGAACAUAAGUUCUACAAGCGAUCGUUCCUCUACCAGCACGCCCAGUACCACGAGAACCCGAAUAAAUUCAAGUGUGAACCAUGCAGUAAAACGUUCCUCAGUGGACUGGCACUGAAACUGCACAUGGACUAUACGCACGUGGCGGACGAGGAGAAGAUUUACAAGUGUGAAAUAUGUCAGGCUAGUUUCGCGAAACAUUACCAUCUAACGUCACACCGGAUGAAGCACACAUCCAUCGCGGAGAAGCGCUUCUACUGCGAACCGUGCGACAUUGCCUUCCGCACGAACCAGUCCUAUCGAACACAUCAGCACUCGAAGCACGGAGCGGCGGCGAAGUACGUUUGCGAUAUAUGUGCCAGAGGAUUCCGACAGAAGUCCGACCUAAUCACCCAUCAACUAUCACACAGUGCCGAAGGAUUGGAGAAGCUCAAGAUUCAGUGUGAACACUGCCAUAAAUGGAUGAAGAAUAAAAAGUCCAUUUGGACACACCGGAGGAUUUGCCAGAGCGCGGGACCGGUUGCGUGCGAUAUCUGUGGCAAAAUGGCACCCAAUCCAGAGCAACUCAAAAGCCACAAAAAGUUCAUGCAUCAGGAUCAACGGGUUCAUCAGUGCGGGUACUGUGAAAAGGCAUUCAAACGGCCGAUCGAUUUGAAGGAGCACGAGACCAUUCACACCGGAGAAGUACUGUAUACGUGCAACUUCUGCCCGAAAACGUUCAAUUCCAACUCGAACCUGUACUCGCAUCGACGGAAAAUGCAUCCGAUCGAGUACGCCGAAUGGAAGCUGGCCCUGCAACUAAAAAAGCGACCUGCCCCGGUAGCACCCGCAGACAGUUCGACGAGCGGUGCACUUCCGGAGCUACCGACGUUUCUGCCGACUCUGUUGCCGACCGAAGGGGAAAAUUACAUCUGAAAAGUGGCAGGUUCAUUUCAGAAUCCCCGUUCAAUUGUGAAAUACUAAUCUAGCGGAAUGAAA